CCUGCAGGCCGUUGCUAACCAUUUUAAGUGCAGUUUCCCGCGCCGUUCAAAGCCAUCCACUCUGAUCUUUCUCCUCUUGUUAAAACCCAAAUCCAAAUGGCCAAAUGAAUUAUGUCCUCAAUCCAAAUCUUCAAACCAAAUUCUUAGUUCUCGGCCGUAAAUUUGCUUCAUCCCUUGCUUUAGUUAGAGACCCAUCAAAUUUUCGUGAAGGGCGUGAGCCGACACUGUCUCCUCUGGACCCUCCUCGCUUCUUCAAUGAUUGGAUCAAUUCGAGGAAGUCCAACGUCGCGGAGGUCAAAGCCGCACACGCCCACUUCCUAAAAAGUAUUACCUUCCAUUCUGACAUAUUUCUCGCGAAAUCUUUCGUUGAUUUUUACUGUAAAUUUGGUCAGAUGGUUUAUGCAGUUAGGGUGUUUGAACAAAUUCCUGACCCGUCUACCGAUACUCGGAAUAUCCUGAUUUCGGGCUACAAUCAGAAUUUGUUGUUCAGGGAUUCAUGGAGAACAUUUUGUGAGAUGUAUUCCUUUGGUUUUGAGCCCAAUCAGUUCACGUAUGGGAGUAUUCUUUCAGCUUGUGGUGGCCUGCAAUCUCCUUUAUGUGGAAAACUGGUUUACUCGGUUGCAAUGAAGAAUGGUUUCUUUUCAAAUGGUUACGUCCGGGCGGGAAUGGUAGAUUUGUUUGCCAAAUGUGGUAGUCUAGACGAAGCUUUGAGCGUGUUUUAUGAUGUUUCAUGCCACAAUGUAGUUUGUUGGAAUGCUAUAAUUUCAGGGGCGGUUAAGAAUAAGGAGAACUGGGUUGCUUUAGGUCUGUUUUCCCAAAUGUCUCGUGCGUUUUUAAUGCCUAAUAGUUUUACAUUUUCGAGCAUUUUGACUGCUUGUGCUGCACUUGAAGAGUUUCAGCUCGGUAAAGGGGUUCAGGCGUGGGUCAUUAAGUGUGGUGCAGAAGAUGAUGUUUUUGUGGGGACUGCUGUUGUUGAUUUCUAUGCCAAAAGUGGAGAUAUGGAUGGGGCUUUAAAAGAAUUUUUGCGGAUGCCAGUCUGCAAUGUGGUUUCAUGGACUGCCAUGAUUUCUGGUUUUGUUCGUAAGGGCGAUUCUAUUUCUGCCCUUCAAUUCUUUAAACAAAUGGUGAAAAUGAAGGAAGAGAUAAAUAGCUACACUGUUACAAGUAUCCUUACCGCUUGUGCUGACCCAGCUAUGGUUAAAGAGGCAAUCCAGAUCCAUGGGUGGAUUUUUAAAACUGAGUUUUACUUUGAUUCAACGGUCAAGGCUUCUUUGAUGAAUAUGUACUCAAAGAUAGGAGAAAUUGAUUUAUGUGAGAUGGCAUUUAGGGAGAGAGAGGAUUUAGGGCACUUAGGUAUAUGGGCUCUUGUUAUAUCAGCAUUGGCCCAGAAUAAUAGAUGUGGGAGGGCAAUAGAAAUGUUCCAGAGGAUGUAUGAUGAGGGUCUGAGACCUGAUAAAUUUUGUACCUCUAGUAUCUUAAGUAUUAUUGAUUCUUUAAAUUUAGGGAGACAAAUCCAUUGUUAUACCCUUAAAUCUGGGUUAGUCUUUGAUGUUUCUGUAGCUAGUUCUCUUUUCACAAUGUACUCAAAGGGCGGCAGUUUAGUCGAGUCCUAUGAAGUUUUUCAGCAAAUUGUGGAGAAGGAUAAUGUUUCAUGGGCGUCAAUGAUUGCUGGUUUUGCAGAGCAUGGGCACGCAGACCAAGGAAUUAAAUUGUUUAGGAAGAUGCUGUUUGAAGAGACGAAGCCCGAUGAAAUGAGUUUAACUGCUGUUUUGACUGCAUGUUCUGCUCUUCAUUCUCUGAAUACGGGCAAGCAAGUUCAUGGGUAUGCUGUUCGUGGUGGAGUUGGUAAGAAGACAUUCUGUGGUGCUCUAGUGAACAUGUAUUCCAAAUGCGGCGCCUUAGAUACAGCAAGGAAGGUAUUUGACAUGAUGCCUGUGAAGGACCAGGUCUCCUGCUCCUCACUGGUUUCGGGGCAUGCCCAAAACGACCGUAUGGAAGAGGCACUUGCGCUAUUUCGUGAAAUGCAGAUGGGUGAUUUGGAAGUUGAUUCGUUCACACUGUCAUCUGUUAUUGGAUCUGUCUCUGUUGUAAAUAGGGUUGGCAUUGGUACCCAAUUGCAUGCGCUUGUCGCAAAAAUCGGUUUACAAUCAGAAGCUUCAGUGGGUAGUUCACUAGUAAUGAUGUAUUCAAAGGGUGGGAGCAUCGACAAUUGCCAAAGAGCAUUCGAACAGAUUAAGAAGCCGGACGUGGUCAGUUGGACAUCAAUGAUUUCGAGCUACGCUCAGCAUGGAAGAGGUGCAGAGGCAUUAAGAAUUUAUGAGCUUAUGAGGCAAUCAGGAACCAAACCUGAUUCAGUGACUUUUGUGGGUGUCCUAUCUGCUUGUAGCCGUAGUGGCUUGGUGGAAGAAGGCUAUUUGCAUCUCAACUCAAUGGUCAGGGAUCAUGGAAUUCAGCCUGGUUAUCGUCAUUAUGCGUGUAUGGUAGAUCUUCUUGGCAGAUCAGGAAGAUUGAAGGAGGCUGAAAGUUUUAUUUACAGUAUGCCCAUCAAACCUGAUGCUUUGAUAUGGGGAACGUUGCUUGCUGCCUGCAAAAUGCAUGGAGAUUUUGAACUUGGAAGGCUUGCAGCCAGAAAGAUUUUUGAACUGGAGCCAUGUGAUGCUGGUGCUUUUGUGUCUUUCUCAAACAUUCUUGCUGAUGUUGGCCAGUGGGAAGAAGUCCUAAAGGUCAGGGACAGGAUGAAAGGAACUGGGAUGAUGAAAGAUCCGGGCUGGAGUUCUGUAUGA